UCAAAUCAAAAUUCCAAAAUCACUUCGGUUCCAACUUAAUUUUUCAUACUCUUAAUCAGUCAAAAUAAUGUCACGCAUUUUCAGCAGCUUUGCCAUGAGAUCUUUGGCGAUUGGAUGCGCAACCCUCCUGACAAAUAAUUACGUGGCCAGUUUCGUAAUUUGUACGGGCCCAAGUAUGGAACCGCACCUCAACUCGGGAAAUAUUUUAAUCACGGAGAAAGUCAGCCCUCGCCUCGGCUUGGUCGACGUGGGAGAUGUCGUCAUUGCAAAAUCUCCGGAAGAUCGUCGUACGCGUAUUUGCAAAAGAAUUGCAGCCAAGGAGGGGGACCUCGUCAUUUUCAGGCACGAGUUGUAUCAGAUCCCAAAAGACCACGUCUGGCUGUUAGGAGAUAACUCAAAAAAUUCAAACGAUUCCAGAUCCUACGGUCCUGUCAGAACAGAUCAAAUCCGAUCCAAAUGCAUUUUCCGGAUAUGGCCCGACAUCAACCGCUCCGUCCUUUACCAAUUCGAACAACCAAAAUUAAAAUAUUCAAUGCCCUCUGUUCCCGAACCGACUACAAAAUCGACGCAAUUGACGAGUUGGAUGAAAGGGGUUCUCGACAACGGUGAAAGUGGAAAGCCGUGAAGUACCUACACAUCGUUUUCCUUGACUUAUAAGAAAAGUUCAAGGCCUAUUUACACAUUCCAUUAUUGUAUCGAGGAAAAAGGAAGAACGGGGCUCCAUUUGAGUAAUUAGCAAGUCUGACUGACGAUGGGUUGACAUAAAAUUGUAUUAUUGUUAUCAAACUAUAUACUCACUCGAUAAAGAAAUUAUUGCAUUUUGCUAUGCUGGCUAAUCAGGCUUUUAUUAUCCUUCAUUCGUCCAUAGAAAAAGCUGGGCUGGAUUGGAUUACACA